AACGAUGACAAGGUUCGAUUUAGACCGGAACUGCAUAGUUCAAGUACAAUGGACCGGAAUUUCGAUUUGAGGGUUCAUUCCGUUCGACUAAUGUAAGUUUAAGGUUUAAACUAGACUUUUUCCUUUUGAAAACAUGCGCUUUGUGAGCCGGCCGGCCAGUGUGGGCGGCAGCGCACUCCAGGUCGACUGGACGACCAGUUCACCUGAUACGCGGAGCGGACACAGCUCGUGAGAAGUUGUCGCCCCGCGCUCGCCAAGCAUCCAUCCCCGCACGUAGCUUUCCUUCCUUCUUCUUCAGAUCCAUGUCAACCCAUCUCCCCCCUCUCUCUUUUCCUCUGGUACAUUCAGAUUCAGGCAUUCAGCCAUGGCGCUGCUGAGGAAGCUCUUCGCUCGGAAGGCCAUGGAUGGACUGUCGCACGUCUCCGAGCGGGUCUUCGUGUUCAACUCCUGCCUGUCGCUCGGCGCCCUCGACGAGGGCGCGCACAGGGACUACCUGACCAGCACCAUCAUCCAGCUCAAGGCCGGCAACCCGCACGCCUCGCUCAUGGUCGUCAACUUCGCCGCGGCACCGACCGGAGCCGGAGCCGUGCACUCCCUCCUUCGGCACGGCGCCGCCGCCGUCGUCACCGACUACCCGUCCCGGUACGGCGGCUACGGCGCGGCGUGGCCUGCCCUCGCGUUCGCCAUGGCUAGCUUGCUGGUGUACAUCGAGGAGGCCGCGCCGGAGCGGACGACGCUCGACGCGGUGUAUGGGAGAGCGCCGGCGAAGCUGCUGCGCGCCUGCUCGGCGCUCGACCCGAGGCCGACUCAUCUGAGGUACCUGCGGUAUGUGACGAGGCUCAGGGACAAGGGGUCCCUCAUGGCCAUGAAGCAGCAGCCCUUCGUCCUCGACUGCCUGAUACUCAGAGCUGUCCCGGAUUUCGACGGCGGCGGCGGAUGUAGGCCGGUUGUUCGUGUCCACGGCGAGCCGCGUGAGCCAUCGGCCGAUGCUUCUUCGACCCAGCUUCUGUUUAGCACGCCAAGGAUCAAGCAACAGUUCAAACACUAUAAGCAGGCGGAAAGCACGGUGAUCAAGGCUGACAUUGGAUGUCAGAUAAAAGGCGAUGUUGUUAUCGAGUGCAUCCAUGUCGGUGAUGAAGACCACGAGGAGAUCAUGUUCAGCGUCAUGUUCAGCACUUGCUUUCUGCAGUCCAACAUGACGGUUUUCACUCUGGAGGAUAUUGAUCUGCCAUGGAACUGCAACAAGGAGAAAUUUCAGGAGGACUUCAAGAUCGAGGUGUUCUUCUCAGAGGUGGAGCUGUCUGACACUGAUGAAAGCCAUGACGAGAGCGAGCUUUCCUCCAUAGGGAACGCAGAUGAGUUUUAUGACUUUGAUGAGAUACUGAUCGAGGAUUCAGAUUUUGACCAAGAUGAUCGUGAACCGCUCGGUGAAGCUUCACGGCAAGAUCACUGUCAAGAUCCAAACACUAACAUAGAGCACAGUGAAACUCGAGCGUCAGAUAGCGCAAGUAACAGUUCAGCAGAAAAAGGAGAGGACGGUGAAACCGGUCCAUCAGAUACAGAUAGCGCAAGUAACGGUUCUGAUGAGAAGGGAAGCGUUGGCACCGACGACGAGGCCGAGUUUAUCCAUGGAGAGGGAGUUGAUGUUACUAGAGAAACCAAAGAUCCUACAUUAGGAGAAACAGGCUAUCUACUGGAAGCUGGAAGCAGCAGUUCUUCUAUGCCACCAAUCCUUCCCACAAGAAGAGAUAUAAAUGAAGAGACGCCAACAGAUUUCCGAGAAAACAGAAGUGCUGAAGGACUCAUUCCAAUGCAAAAAGGUGUCCAUGGGGUUACGAGUGGGGUCAGUGAAGUAAGUCACAGCAGCGAGGGGGGAUACGGAGCCCUCACACUCCAGCCUAUGAGGAAAACUAGGCAGAAGCAAGCUGCCAUAAUCCCAGCAGUUCCCAUCAUUCGGAAGAAAAUGAGGAGAACAGACACGGGAGCAGAUGACAAGAAGCCUGCAACAUCAAAGACGCUCGCUAGAGUGGGCUCGCAGAGGGGAGCACUUGUUGCAGCUUCUAGUUCUUCCAACAACAGCACAUCUCAAGCAAAGACAAGUCCAUCUACUCACAGACACCAUGAGAUCCCAAACAGGCUCAAGCAAGGAUCAGCAGCUCAAGCAAUAAGAACUUCAAACCUUUCCAAAGAACACUUGAAGCAUAGUACUGCCAUAAGGCCAGAGGUAAAACAAAUAGUUUUGACCCGGCAAGCAUCUCCAUCUUUCGCACCAAGUCCUCUGGGCCGAGAGCGUAUCCAAGAAGCCGGCGAAUGCAGCGGUAAUCCCAUGGAGAAAGCCAAGAAAUCAGUCAUUCAUUCCUCUGAAAAACCGAGGAGUAGUAGAGCGCCAAAACAAGAAUCACCGGUCGUAGAAGCCCCUCGUCGAACAAGCGUUCUGAAGAAAUCCAUGUCCUCACCGGCAAUCUCGGCAACACCGGCCGUUUCUUCCCCGGGAAAGAGUAGGGCUAUGGCUUCGCUCCCUGGGGUGAACACAUCUCGUCCGAGCUCAGGGUUUCACAUAGCUUCUUCUUCCUCGCCUCGAGCUCAAAAACACAGCGUGACGCCGCCUUCGUCUCCCGGAAGAUUGCCGCUGGCCGGUCCGAGAUUCAGCAGAGCAGUGCCAGUUUCUCAGACAGAUGUACAGCAGGGUGCAUCAGCUCCGACUAGGUUGCCUCGCCGUGCAUCAUUCAGCGAGUUACCCCGAUCUGUAGCGACCUCUAGAGCGGGUGAUGUACAAUCUCUAUCGCCAAAAGCAUCUAGAGUCAUCCAGAACCAACGAGAAGGCGUGAAAGGCAGUGGCAGAAGUUUGUCCCCUUCAUUACCGAGAUUAGCGGCACAGCCAUGGCCAAAGACCACAGCAGUAGUUUCAGUGUCCAGCUCUAAAGACAAAAGAAGUGGAACUGCGCCGGCAAGGCCAACGAGAUUAAGCUCGUAAGCUCUUC